CAGUGCUCUUGCAGUCUCUCAGACUACACAUUUUCUUUCUCACCGUAGACUUAACGUCACGUCCGCACUUGAACUUGAAUUUUAUCCCAUUGUACAGAGGCAGCCCCAGCCACAGAGAGACAGAGAGCUCCCAGAGACGCAGGACUCCGCCAUCUUCACAGUGAAGAAAAAAAAGGCAGCAGGUCUUGUUUUAUUUGGAAGGAGGCGGCAGUCAGUGUUCUCCCAGUGUCAGACAAGGGGGGCAAGUGCAACGAGUUACAAAGGCUAAAAGUAAUUGGCAUUCCACGCACUAGUAGUGCCAGUACUAAGAGAAAAGAAGGUGUCCAUCGCAUGGCAAACUCAAGUGCGAGUGGACAUUGGAUUUUGUGUUCUGAAACAAAAGUGCAUUUUGCGUGCCAAACACCAAAUCCACAAUUUGGGUGAAGAAAGGUACCCUGCGUACCUCAGCUCUCAAGCACUAGGCAUUGCCUUUUUUUAAAAAUUUAUUAUUUUUUUUUUUUUAGAAAGGUAGAGUGCGGUAGUCUACAAGAUACUGUCAGUCACAGGCAAUUGCGAAAAGGGAUAUUUUUUGCGCUUUUAUACCUGGCUAGAUUUACUGGUAAACCCUAUUGCCAGGUGGUGUGACAUUGAACGUUUUGGCUGGGGACAAAAGACAGUUUUCUUCACAAUUUCCAGUUCUGUUCAACAAGGAAAGACUACUGUACUUGUAAGUCACUGCCUGACACAAAGACAGUUUUCAGCUUUGAUCCAGGGACCUCUAUACAAUCUGAUUGCUCUGGUUUGCAGUCCAAGCAGUGGAGCAGUGCCAGUGUUGGGGAAGUCGCAGGAAAAGUUACUGAAGGGACAAAAAGAAGAAGAAACGGGGGAAAAACCAUCCGAUCCUUCAGAGUACGAGUCUCCGGGCGAUGCCAGUGUAAAUGCCAGGGCAAUGUCCCGUCGCAAGCAGGGAAAUCCACAGCACUUGUCACAACGAGAAAUAAUUACAUCCGAAGCUGACCAUGUGGAAGCAAGGAUCAACGAUGCCGAAGCUCAUACCGCAAUGGACCCGAGUCCCGUUGGUACCGGCGGUGGGGUGGGAGACCAUGACCUCCUGACCUGCGGACAGUGCCAGAUGAAUUUCCCUCUGGGGCACAUCUUGGUUUUUAUUGAGCACAAAAAAAAGCAGUGUAAUGGCCUCAUUAGUGGGCCGGGCUGUUAUGAGAAGAGCCUGGAUAGGGGCAGCCCCUCACCCCAACGCACUGAGCUCAGGAAAGUUGUGGAACCAGUAGAAAUCGGCAUCCAGGUCACACCUGAGGAGGAGGACGAAAGACUGUUGACUCCCACAAAAGGAAUUUGCCCCAAGCAAGAAAACAUCACAGCAGGUAGAGAUGAACCUUCAAGCUAUAUUUGCACAACUUGCAAGCAGCCCUUUAACAGCGCCUGGUUCCUUCUCCAGCAUGCUCAGAACACACAUGGGAUUCGCAUCUACCUGGAGACAAAUCCCUCCAGCAGUUCCUUAACUCCAAGGAUCACCAUUCCUCCACCAAUGGGACCUGAACCUGUACCCCAUUCCCCUCUAACCAGUUUCCUUGGAGACAGCAACCCCUUCCAUCUUCUUCGAAUGACAGGACCUGUGCUUCGGGACCCGCCAAGCUUUCUGGAAAGCCGUCUUCCAAACACUCCCCCUUUUGUCAGCCCUCCACCCCGCCAUCAUUUGGACCCACACCGACUGGAACACCUUAGUGCCGAGGAAAUGGGCUUGAUCUCCCAACAUCCCAGUGCCUUCGAAAGAGUUAUGCGCCUGACACCAAUGGCAAUAGAGUCCCAAUCGAUGGAUUUUUCCAGACGACUCAGAGAACUUGCAGGAAACAGCAGUUCCACCCCACCCCUUUCGCCAAGCCGCACUAACCCUAUGCACCGCCUACUCAACCCAUUCCAACCUAGCCCGAAAUCACCUUUCAUGAGCACCCCUCCACUGCCACCAAUGGCCCCUAACCAUACCACAUCUCCUCAGCCCCAGUUAAAAAGUAAGUCCUGUGAAUUCUGUGGAAAGACUUUCAAGUUUCAGAGUAACCUUGUUGUACACCGGCGAAGUCACACAGGAGAAAAGCCCUACAAGUGCCAGCUCUGUGACCAUGCCUGCUCCCAAGCCAGCAAACUCAAGAGACACAUGAAGACGCACAUGCAUAAGUCUGGCUCAAUGACAGGAAGGUCUGAUGAUGGACUCUCUACCACUAGUUCUCCUGAGCCCGGCACCAGCGAAAUCCCUGGUGAGGGGAUCAAACACAGAGAGUUCAGAAAUGAAAGUGAAGCUUCCCUGGGGCAGGACAAUGAGGAGGAAGAGGAGGAGGAGGAAGAAGAAGAGCUGGAAAAUGAGAGCAGACCUGAGUCAAACUAUAGCAUGGACUCUGAGUUCUAUCGCAAUAGGGAAAAUGGCUCUAAGCCCCCACCAGAUGAAAAGUCAUUUUCUCUAGGCAAGAUCGUGGAAAAUGUGAGUUUAAGUACUAUACAACAGUACAAUGACUUGUUAGAAGACAAUCGUAAAAGAGGCCCCUUUUCCAAAAGGUGUUCUGACGGCCAGCGAGACACAGAAGAUGCAAACUCAGUGGCAGGGGAGAUACAUCGUGUGGAAGAAAGGACUGUGAAUGGUAGAAACUUUGGAUCAGGUGACUCUUUCUCAGGUCUGUUUCCUCGAAAGCCCACCCCUAUCACAAGCCCCAGCUUGUCCAACUCAUCAGCGAAGAGAAUAAAAAUAGAGAAGGACCUGGAAUUGCCACCAGCGCCUCUGAUCCCCUCAGAGAACGUAUACUCCCAGUGGCUAGUAGGUUAUGCAGCUUCAAGGCACUUCAUUAAAGACCCGUUCCUCGGAUUCACAGACUCCAGACAAUCUCCCUUCGCCACGUCAUCCGAGCACUCGUCAGAGAAUGGCAGUCUGCGUUUCUCUACACCACCUGGAGACAUGCUAGAUGGGGGUCUCUCAGGGCGCAGCGGGACAGCGAGUGGUGGCAGCACCCCUCACCUGGGAGGUGGGCCCAGGCCAGGCAGACCCAGCUCCAAGGAGAGCCGGAGGAGCGACACCUGCGAGUACUGCGGCAAGAUCUUCAAGAACUGCAGCAACCUGACAGUCCAUCGACGCAGUCACACAGGAGAGCGACCCUACAAGUGUGAUCUGUGUAACUACGCCUGCGCCCAGAGUAGCAAGCUCACCCGCCACAUGAAGACGCACGGCCAGCUUGGUAAGGAAGUGUACCGCUGUGACAUUUGCCAAAUGCCCUUCAGCGUGUACAGUACCCUUGAGAAACACAUGAAAAAAUGGCAUGGAGAACAUUUGAUGACAAACGAAGUAAAAAUUGAACAAGCAGAGAGAAGCUAAGCCCCCUCCAUGUCCUCCUCUCCACUUCUUGAAAGGAAUCAAGACGCUAGCUGGAUAUUGUUUUUUAUGUUUUUUUUUUUUUUUUUUGUCAACUGCCAACUGAGAAAAAAUUAAAGCCGGUCUAAACUGCCUCACUUGGCAUUUAAUUUUUUAACUAUCUAUCUGAGGGUGAUUUUAAGCAGUAAAGUAUACAUGGAGCCUUUUAACUGUGCAAUAAUUUCUGUAUUUAUUGGAUUUUUGUAAUAAUUUUGGCAUGUGCAGGUACAUUUUUUUUCUGUUUUUUUUAAUUUUAUUUUUUAUUAUUAAUAUUAUUAUUUUUAUUACUGGGUGUCUUUUUGUGUUUUACCCAGUGGAAAUCCUGAGAUGAUUUUUUUUUGAGCGAAAUAGAAAAUCCUUGUUACUUUUAAUUAUAUUUUUGGACCGCUGCUUCUAGCAAAUUGUACAUUUAAGCUACAUAUAUGUAAUUUCUUGAGGAGAAGCUGAAUAUUAUCUACAUAUAUUUUACAAGUGAAACAGAAGCGACAUUUUAAAGAAAAAAGAGCAGACAAGAAUCCUAUAAAGUUGUAGCAUCCUACUAUUUGUAACAAUGGCAUUGAAUAUGUAGCACUGACUGUUUAGUAAUGACAGUAAAAAUUGUAGGGGGAGUUUUAUUUUUAUUUUUAUUUCUAUUAAAUAGCAGGGUUUCCAGAAACAAAUAUCUAAAUUAAUAAAAGAAAAACACUGUAAAAACUGUUAUAGGCAGCUGCUUUUAGGUACAAAGUACCAGACGAAAAAAGAUAUUAUUAGGAAUUUGCUUGUUAUAUAUUGACAUUAAUACUCAUAGUAGAUAGAAUUAUAACAGUUUAUACAUUGCAUUUAAAUUAAAUCCCAUUUAAAGUAAGUUGUAUCUAUUAGCCGAACCUUGGAACAUCUGUAAUGUUUCACAUAACCAUUUGGCAUUAAUUAGAACACCUCAGUUGGAACAGUUACACUGAUUAUAAAUCUGCAUGAAAGGUCCAUAGCUCAGUAAAAAGGUGUCAGUAAGGCCUUUUUUCUUGGCCCAUGGCUGGCUAUUAAAUAAUCAUUUCAUGUUUGUUGUCUGCUCUUUCUGUAUCAUUAUACUUUAAACUUGGCUAGGCUUUAACAUCUAUUUCCAUUGUAAAAAAAAAAAGUUUAAAUUGACUUGGAAGAUGUCCACCAUGGAUAACCCAGAUGACAUCUCAGCUCAAGCCUGCCAUUUUUGCUACAGAAAAAAAAGUUCUGUAGGAACCAAAGGGCCAGGUUGCCUCAUCAAGUACAGUGCUAUAGUAAAGUGCUGUAGUCUAGCUAUCAUUAUUUUCUGUGGGGGGCAUAUUGUUAGUUAAUUCAAGUUUUCCAGACAUUUCAUUUUUCAUGCCAGCCAUGUGCCAAAAAAGUCCUUAUUGACACUCAUCCUUGAAUAGCCAUUUUUUGUGGUUCACUUAUUCAAAAUAAUUAGGAAGCAUAGUUUAGUACAGUAUCUGUAUUUUCCAAGUCCACUCUUCGUAAUUUUUAUGAAUUCUCGCUUCUCACACUGUUGAAACUGCAAGCUACCUAUUAAAACUCAUGGCUUGACAUAUCAUUUUAUAUCUGGUCAUUCAGUUGAGCAGCAAAAAUCUCAGAAAAUAUGUAAGUUAUAUUAUACCAGGCAGUUCCUGGUUUAAAUUAUCAUCUUAAUGCAUAUCUGAUAUAACUGUUUUAGUACAAUAUAUAUAUAUAUAUAUAUAUAUAUAUAUAUAUAUAUAUAUAUAUAUAUAUAUAUAUACUGUACAUUUUCUUUACAUCAGGUUUGAAUAAGAAAUUAUUGUUUUCAAUGGAUACCACAGCUUAUAUUGUUCUAGUUUGGGAAUAGGGGUGGGUAAUUUUGAUAGAAUAACUUUAAUAGCUUUAUUCAGUGAUGUCACCUAAUUAACCAGAUAAACCACACACCUAAUUUAUGGCAUUUGUUUAAUCAAGCAUAAUCUGUAAUAGUAGGUUAAACUGAUCUUCAGUUGCAAAUUUCUGUGAAGAGCCCCUAUUCUUUUAAUAAAGGAAUUGAUUUUUAGAUACCCAUGUAUAACAAAUGAAGUGGUCUGUACAGACUCGGCCUACAGAGGCUGUGUGCGUGCUUUUAAAAUAUAUAUGGUAAAUUAGUGCCUCACUGAAAAAGAUUAUGAAGCUCACUUAUCUGGUUAAGUAGGUUAGAACCCAGCUGAAUCGAGUCAAUGCCAGUUAUCCAGACCAGUUAAUCUCACAGUAGCAGUACCUGAAAAUCUCAUUGAAGCACCUACUUUAAAAUAAGACUAUUUUUUUCUUCUUUUUUUCAUAUAGGACUUCCCAUGAUGUGUAGUUGAACAUUCUAAGGAGUAGCAACUUUAUCACAUAAAGAAUGCACAGCAGAAUUUGAGUUUUGAAAAAAAAAACUAUUGUCAGUAAGCACUGUCAUGCCUAGUGCACCACACUGCAUUAUUUUAAAUAAUGCGUUUUCCCAAUCCAGUCAACUUUUUGAAUUGAUGAUCAUUUACAGAAUAAUUGAAAUAAACUGUUUCUAUUAAGUUGACCCGCACUUUAUAAUUUGUUAUUACAACAACGGCUUCUGAACAAGAAAUUACAGUUAAUAGAUCUAUUUGGCCUUGUAAAAGGGUCAAAGUACAAGGGAGCAUCUGAGAUUCAAGUGUCAGUGUUGCUAAGCAUGGCAUUCACAAUACUGGCACUAUAAAAUGUAAAAUUAAUUUAUUGGGACAGUUUUUGUUCUGCCUUUCAAUUUGACGUGAGUGUGCCUUGAAUACUGAUCUUCCUAUCUGAUGUAUCUUGAUACUUUUGUGAAGCAAAAGGAUUGAGAAAAAAAAUCAAUUAAGUGACAAAAUCCUAGUUUUCAUGAAUCAGAAUAUCAGGCAAGAUGUGAUAAAAAAAAGAUUAAGUAGAAGUACCCAGCACACCUUAUAUAUAUAUUGAAUUCUUCACUUCAGGACAAGACUGCAUCCCUCAAUAGAAAUCGCCGGAGCGAAUUGUAAUACCACAGAUAGUCAAGGAAGAGACUGGACAAAAAUCAGGAACAACAGAAACUUAAAAAAAAAAAUUAGUGCACUCUCUUAAAAUACGUUUACAGUAUUGAAACAAGUACAAGGGUAAAAAAAAAAAAAAUACAUCUGUGUAUGUGUGUUUUGAAUGAUCAAGUAUUUUUUUUCUGAGUUUGCUUAUAAAGUUUCUCUGAAUGCCACAGUGGCAAUGUGUAUCUUGUUUUUUUUGGUGACGGGGUUUUAGUAAAUAUAUAUAAAUAUAUAUUACAAUUUUCUUGUUUACUGUAAAAGUAUACCAGUAUUUGUAAUAUUGGAGAAUGCCUGGGCAUUUUACAAAAACAGAAAAAAAAAGUUUUUAUUUUUUAUUUUCCAGUCAAAUUUAAAUGGUGGGUCUAUUAAAAUGUUUUUUGUCACUGUAAUUGUAGUCUUGAGUUUUAGUAAAACUUUUAUUCUGCCUUGUAAAAAAAUCCAGAAUUGUAAACAAAAUGGGGGGGGGGGGGUGGAUGGGCAAGGUGACCAGCUAUACAAUGUAGAAAAAUCCCUAUUAGAAAAUAUUGCCUAUUGUUAUUGCUUUGCAGGAAAUUAAUCAUAUUCCUGAACUGUACUUAUUUUUCUUCUUAUGGAAUGGAUAUUCUUAAUGGCUGGUUUAAAAUACUUGUGUAGGCACUUGCUGUCUUUUUACUGGAGCUUGUAUUUUUUAAAUUGUAUGCUCAUCCUUUGUGAAAAAGGUAUUCAAAGUACCUUUACUCAUUUUUGGGUAGUUAAUUGAAAAGAAAAACAAUUCUAACAUAGAUCACACAAGCUGCCAUAAUAUAUUUUUUUAAUUUGGCAGGAUAAAAUAUUGCAAAAAUAAUAAUAAUAAUAAUAAUAAUAAUAAUAAUAAUAAUAAUAAUAAUAAUAAUAAUAAUUUGUAUGCUUAAAUGAAUCCUAUUGUACAGAUGGGUUAAAAAGGUUGUUUGACAGCCUUUUGGCUACAAAAAAAAAAAUGCAAAAGUAAAUGUUUUGUUUACUAGUAUUUUGGUUGUAAAUAUUUUUUAUGAUUGCCCUGUUUUUGGUUGUGUUCUGACAGGUACUGGAAGCAACUUUUGCUUUUUGGGCCUACCCUUAACCUUUCUGGGUGUAAAAGACAGACCUGAGUUGCCCCAAAUACAGACCACAAAACUGGUACGCUCUUCUCUAUAGUUAUUAACAUCACGUCAUGAUCAACAGUCAAAACUAGUGGGCUGUGUACGUGGAUUCCAGUUAAAACAGGAAAACAAGGACCUGGGAAUUUGCUAUGCACUGUUGCAACAGUUAUUUGUACCCAUUAAGAAAUGGUGGCACUUAAUGCUUCUUAAUCUGACCAUAAUUUAAAUUCAUAUCAAUUCUCUGCAAAAAAAAAAAAAAAAAAAAUGCUACAAUUUACAAUUUCUGUGCAUUAAUUUGCAGUGGCCCAA